AUGUCCAAAGCUCUCGCUUCCUCAAGAGUCGUUAUCGACGACUCAAUUAUACCUGCCACGAUAGUUUUCUCAAUCAAUUCUGGAAAAAUCCUUAAUAUUUUCAAGGAUCGGAUUCUUUCCAAGGAAGAUCCUAUUUUACAACAGUAUAAUGUUAUAUCCUAUAGAAAUAUGGAUCCGUACGUCAUAUUGCCGGGCCUAGUGGACUCUCAUGUUCAUUUGAAUGAACCCGGUAGAACCGAAUGGGAAGGCUUUGCUACAGGCACGCAGUCCGCUGCUUCAGGUGGUGUUACUACUGUUAUCGACAUGCCUCUUAAUGCUGUUCCUCCUACCACCACUGUGGCUAAUUUUAACAAGAAGAUUGAAUGUGCACGGGGACAGACUUGGGUUGAUAUGGCAUUCUGGGGUGGUCUAGUUCCUAACAAUUUGGACGAUCUCAUACCCCUUAUUCAGGCAGGUGUAAGAGGCUUCAAAGGGUUUCUUAUGGAUAGUGGUGUUGAUGAGUUUCCAAUGAUCACUCCUUCAGAUAUCAAUAAAAUCUUGGAGACGGUAAAGGAUCAGCAUACCAUGAUCAUGUUCCAUGCUGAGAUGGACUCUGGAAACGAGCCAGAUCAACUUGGUGGACAUUGCGAUAGUCUUGAAGUUCUCCCCAAAAGAGCUCUGCAAGAAUACGGACCUUCUCUAUACAAGACGAUAACUGAAAAGCAGGCUGAACUUCUUUCAAAGUCACCUGUUCUUCAAGCUGUCGAGCCUGUAGUGGGAAGAAUUUCGAAGAUGAUGAAGUCACCGCCUUUAGACCCUAGGUCAUUGUCUUCAGACGAUGUUACUCCUUUGGAUAUGGCCAGUCUAACUCAUGAUAACUUGAAAUCCAUUGAUCCAAGGGAAUAUGAUUCCUUUCUCGCCUCUCGUCCUGAUUCUUUUGAAGUUACCGCCAUUAAGAACAUCAUCAAAUGCCAACAGAAAAACCCUUCUGUUCCAGUUCAUAUAGUCCACUUGGCCACUCAACAGGCUCUUCCUAUCAUCGAAAGGGCCAAAUAUGACUUAAAACUCCCUCUAACUGUUGAAACUUGUUUUCACUACUUAACCCUGAAUUCUGAGGAGAUUCCUGAUGGUGCUACCCAGUUCAAAUGCUGUCCCCCUAUCAGAUCCGAUUCUAACCGAAAGGCUCUUUGGAAUGCCCUUUUAGGUGGAGUGAUCACGUCGGUUGUCAGCGACCAUUCCCCUUGUACUCCGAAUCUAAAGGGCCUCGACAAAGGCGAUUUCUUUCAAGCAUGGGGUGGUAUUACCUCUGUUGGCCUUGGUAUGAUAGCUCUAUGGACGGAGGGCUCUCAAAACUUUGGCAUUUCAUUAACGGAUAUUGCCAAAUGGUGCUGUGAAAAUACCGCUAAACAGGUAGGUCUUUCUGACAGAAAGGGUAGGAUUGCCGCUGGUCUGGAUGCAGACUUUGCCAUUUUUGACCCAGAUGUUGUUUACCAGUUUGAAAACAAUAAGACUUAUUUCAAGAACAAGUUGACUGCUUUCAACGGCAGAAAAGUGAAGGGUAGAGUUAUCGAGACAAUUCUCAGAAGUUACUCUAUCUAUGCUCUUGGCAAGGGAGUUUCUGAAAUGCCUAUGGGACAGUUGAUACUAGAACCAAGAACAGAUUAG